AUGCGCUUUCGGUCACUAGUCAGCAAAUAUGGCUUGCCACUUCUCCCACAUUCAUUUGUGUUCGGGCACCUGCUCAUUGCGGCGAAAGUGGUGAUGAAAGGACCCAAAGACAUUGCUGCAGCGCUUGUGCCAUAUCUUAUUAGUCUCGAACACCCUGAAACUAACAAAUAUGGCUACUUCUACUUGGAUAUGUGGCCCGUUUCUGAGCAGAUGAUCGUAGUGCAUCACCCUGACAUGAUGGUGCAAUUCUGCCAAGACACCUCCUUUGCAAAACAUACGCAAAUGCCAUUCGAAUUCGGUCCGUUGUCGCAUGGCGUUGAUCUUGUCACGUCCAACGGCCAUCAUUGGAAGACCUGGCGGAGUAUUUUCAAUCCGGGGUUUUCUUCUAAGAAUAUCCAAAGCUAUGUGCCGGCAAUGUUGGAGGAGUAUAACAUCUUCAAAACAAAGCUUGAAUCGUUCGCUACGAGUGGGGAGACGGUAAAAAUGGACUCAUAUGCCAUGGCAUUGACGGUCGACAUCAUUGGUCAUGCCGUUCUAGGUGCUCGGCUACACGCUCAAACAACUGGGUGCGAGAUCUUUGACGCUCUGAAAAGACAAAUCGCACUCCUACUCGUCGACUACUCACCAGAAGGUCUAGCGAAAUUGCUUAACCCCGUUCGACCAUUUCGGAUCUGGAAGAACAAUCGCACCAUGAGAAAGGGUGUUCUACCGUAUAUUCUCGAAGGUAUCCGAAACCAUGACCGUAAGGAGGGGAGCAAAACCAUGCACAGCCUUGCGGUCAAAUCGUACAAGGAUGAACAUUCCGCCGCCGAGGGAGAGAUCGAUGUGCGCUGGAUCGAUGUGGCGGUCGACCAGUUCAAAAUGAUGCUGUUCGCCGGUCACGACACCGUAAGUAGUACAUUCUGUUUCGUGACGGCAUUACUACAUUUCCACCCGGGGAAAUUGGCCAUUGUCCGUGCCGAAAUCGACGAAGUCCUUGGUUCAGACUCUACCAGUGCGCAAGCAGCCAUCGCAAGAACACCCGAACUCCUCAAUCGAUUGACGUACUUGACCGCCGUCAUCAAGGAGACACUCAGACUUUUCGGCCCCGUCAGCGGCAGCGUCCGGCAAGCCGCCGAAGGGCAACGGCUGUACCACCACGAGACCGGCGAAGAGCUCCCCCUGUGGGAUCUGAUGCUCUUCUCACACCAAGCGCAGCUGCAUCGCGACGAGAAAUUCUGGCCUCAACCCCAUGAAUUUAUCCCGGAGCGGUUCACCGCCAAGGAAGGCGACCCCCUGUACCCGCACAAGAACACGUUUCGGCCGUUUGAAAUGGGCAGUCGGAAUUGCAUUGGCCAGGAAUUCGCCAUGACUGAGCUGCGGCUCGUGCUGUCGCUGGCACUUCUGGAUCUCGACUUCGAACCCGUUUAUCCGGAGGACGGGCCCAAAUACUUUGGUUCGGUGCUUUAUCAGACUUCGCCGCCGGAAGAAAUCACCAUGCAUCCUAGGGAUGGAAUGCCGAUGAACGUGUCUUUGAGGAAGCGGGCUUGA